AUGUAUUUUAAAAGAGCUUUAAUUUUGAUUUUAGUUAUAUUUUUUAAAAAUAUAACAGAAAUCGUUUCCAAGUUCGAGUUCACUAACAUCAAGUGCAAUUCAAAGGACAAGAGUUUCUUGGAUUUCGAGUACUGCUACAUCAAAUCGGUCAAUCGGAGUUAUAAGUAUAUAUCCAUUAGGGCCAAUAUACACGAAAAACCCAUUAAAGAUGCAGCGACAAGCUUACAAUUGUUCAGAAGAUUUCGGUCUUAUAUGCCUGUAAGCCUGAACAUCUCCUUCGAUGUGUGUAAAUAUAUGGCCAGUAAGAAAAACUUGCGAGAUCCUAUGCUGCGUCUUUACGAUGAGAUCAGCACAAAGUACACCAACACCAACCAUAAAUGUCCAUUUGAUCAUGAUAUAGAGGUUGAUAAGUUACCCAUUCAGUUUCUGAGCCAGCAUUUCACCGACGUCCUGCCACUUCCCCCUGGUGAAUAUGGUUUCUUUAGCUCCUGGUCAUCGAAAGGUGCCGAAAGGGCAACGGUCUGGGUGUAUGGCAACAUAGCAUAA